CCGAAGAAUCAGUCAAUCAUGCCUGAAGCCACCGUCAAAGCGCCCAAGAAGGGCUCCAAGAAAGCCGUCAAUAAGACCGUGACCAAGACCGGCAAGAAGAGACGCAAGUCCAGGAAGGAGAGCUACGCCAUCUACGUGUACAAGGUGAUGAAGCAGGUCCACCCCGAUACCGGCAUCUCCUCCAAGGCCAUGGGCAUCAUGAACUGCUUCGUGGCCGACAUUUUUGAGCGCAUCGCCUGUGAGGCCGCUCGUCUGGCUCACUACAACAAGCGCUCCACCAUCACUUCCAGGGAGAUCCAGACCGCUGUCCGCCUGCUGCUGCCCGGCGAGCUGGCGAAGCACGCGGUGUCUGAGGGAACCAAGGCCGUGACCAAGUACACCAGCUCCAAGUAAGCCUGCUGGAGACCACCACCUCAACGGCUCUUUUAAGAGCCACCCACCUCUUCUAAAGCUCAAUUCCUCAUCUCCUGGUCUCCCAAAAAGAAUGAACGAGAAUGUAGCUUCAGAGCCUCCCUGGUUUUUGCUAUCAUGAUAACACUUUUUGGAGUUGAACUCUAUCAUAGUGCACCCCAUACCUUGAGCAUGCUCUAAGCCAGUGGUCGCCAACCUGUCGAUCUCCAAAAUAAAAUGAAAAUAAAUUCAAAAACACAUUGUUCCUUGUUUAAGAACAUUUUCUGAAGUGUCUUCUGA